AUGCAGUGGUUCAGUCUUCUGGCUGUGCUCGCCUCCGCUAGCGCUGUCAAUCAGUGCGAUACUGCGUCGAAAGGUGGCGAGUGCCGGAGGCCAAACGGACAUUAUGGACCGGCCUUCCUGCAGUUCAAGAGUCUAGUGAAGCAGACGACCGGCUGCCAAGGGGACGACGGGACGCUUUGCACCCCUGAGGUGUCGAAAUGCGCGCCUUUCUCUGAAUGGCCUGAUGUGGACCGUGGUGUCACUUGUGGGGGCUGCAAAGCGCUAGUGCUUGCGGCACCUUAUCAAGGCCGCUGCGACCGGUAUUGUGCCAGCUUCGGGCAUCGAUGCACCGCCGCAGCAGAAGAGAAGUCGGAGUCUUGCGAGGCCGAGGAGGAGAAGCGUUGCGACGAGGAAAUCUCGGACACUUCGGACAUCCUUUGCACUUGCGAGCGCGAUGAUGGGACUCCCAGCCCCCCGACUCCCGGACCUGCCCCCGGCCCUGUGACAACCACCGCAGCUCCAACCACCGCAGCUCCACCCGCUCCUCCGAGCCCCCCAGCCCCUACUCCGACUCCUGCUCCUGCGGAGUGCUGGGCGGAGCUUCCAGAUUUGGCUACAGAGGAAGGCCGGAGCGUUGGGGAGGUACCCAGGGGCGCGUCAGUGUCGGCGUGCCGGCGCCGUUGCGAUGAGAAUGCCGAGUGCAAAAGCAUCUCCUUUUGCCCCGAGUGGGGCUGCUGGUUGAAGGAUCGGAGCUUCACGGGCACAGAGCCAACGCGGGAGAAAGGGUCGUGCAAGACGCACUUCAAGACAUCCUGCGAUGCGACGACUACCACUUCUGCGAGCUCCAAUCAAAACGGCUAUUUCAAGUUGCGGGUCGUCUCUUACAACAUCUAUUGGUGGAAUGCCUUCGGUCAGAACCCAUGGAAGGGAGAAAGGAUUCUGAACAACAUCAAGGACAACCUUGUUCCCGAUGCUAUUGGCUUGCAGGAGUGCGACUCUCGCUCUCGGGUCGAAGACGCGACCGGGCUCCAGCGCGCCUCCAAGUUUGCCGGGGCGCAGGGUGUGAUGGUGGACCCUUCUCGACUUCGCGUAGUGCCAGGCACUUCUGGUUCCGAGGACCUGCAGGCAACAGGUAAGUGGGGGCCCAGGCAUGUCACCUUCGUCCAGCUCGCCGACUCAACCACGGGAAGGACCUUCUGGAUGUUCAACACCCAUUGGUGCGUUGCCAAUGGCAAUGGCCGAACUUGCAACGAGGGCGUGCGCUACACUGGGGCUAAGAACAUGCUAAGGGUGAUUCAGUCGAAGGCCGGCAACGCCCCGGUAGUUGUGACUGGAGAUUUCAAUGCCGACAUGGACGAGGACGGCCCUCAGCACUUCUUUAAGAAUGGCUUCAAGCUGGCAGUCACUGAGUGGGUAGAUGCCAUUUUCUAUACAGAGCAACACUGGAGGCUAGUUGCACAGGGUAAGGGUGACGCGGCACAAAGUGACCAUCGCCCAAUCUUUGCAGAGCUCGAGCUCUUGUAA